AUGACGGCCGAUGACAGAUCCAAAGCUGCGUAUGCCAAUGGCAACGCACACCGUAUUGGCGUCAACGGCUCAGUCACAAAUGGCCAUAACCAAAUCCCCAUCCCCGUAAAUGAACACAAACCCUGCUCUCCAACCCACACACAAACCCCCGUAGCGGUAGUAGGUAUGGCCUGCCGUCUCCCCGGUCACAGCAAUAGCCCGCAGGCCUUCUGGGAGAUGCUACUCGCAAACCGGAUCGCCGACAACCACCCACCCACUUCCCGCUUCUCGCUGAACGGCCACUUUGACGGCUCACGCAAACCCCACACGAUGGCGACUCCUGGCGGCAUGUGGCUGGAGGACGUCGACAUUGAGCUGUGGGACGCACCCUUUUUCAACAUUCCGCGCUCCGACGCCAACGUCCUCGAUCCGCAGCAGCGGCAGCUGCUCGAGGUGGUGUACGAAUGCCUAGAGAACGCCGGGGCGAGUCUGGACUCUGUCAAGGGCAGCCGCAUCGGGUGUUUUGUCGCGGCCAUGUCCGGCGACUAUGAGCUGAUGCAGGCUCGUGACCCCGACGAGAGGGCCGAGAACACGGUCAUCGGGGUGUCCAGGUCGAUCCUCAGCAACCGCAUCAGCCAUUUUCUCGACAUUCGCGGGCCCAGCAUGACGGUGGAUACGGCGUGCUCUGGCUCCCUGACGGCUAUAGACACAGCAUGCCGCUAUCUGGAAGCCAACCAGUGCGACGGGAUGCUGGUGGCUGGCAUCAAUCUCUACAUGGAACCGUCCCACAACGAGGAGGGCGGACUGAUGAGAAACGCCGCGUCGGCGAGCGGGCGCUGCCACACCUUCGACGUCAAGGCGGAUGGAUACUGCCGUGCCGAGGCCGUCAACGCCGUCUUCCUCAAGAGGCUUGACGACGCCGUUCGAGACAGGGAUCCAAUCCGAGCUGUGAUCCGCGGCACCGCCUGCAACAACGACGGCCGCACUCCCACGGGCAUCACCAGCCCUAGCGCCCAGGCGCAGACGGCAGCCAUCCGUGCCGCAUAUUCCAACGCCGGCAUCGCGGACCUGGACCAGACCACAUUCCUCGAGUGCCACGGGACGGGCACGCAGGCUGGGGAUCCCAUCGAGGUGCAGGGUGCUGCGGCUGCGUUUGCGACCUCCGCGCGUGCCGAUGGCCGUUGCGCUCCCUUACUGAUCGGGUCUUGCAAGAGCAACAUUGGCCACUCGGAAGCGGGCGCAGGCAUCUCGGGGCUCAUCAAGGCUGUUUUGGCUAUUGAGAGAGGCGUGAUACCAGGAAACCCAACGUAUAUCACGCCGAACCCCAAGAUCGACUUCAAGGGUUCGUGUGUGGAGGUCGUGGGAAGGAAUUUACAGUGGCCGAAAGGGGCUAUGCGUCGGGCAAGUGUCAAUUCGUUUGGAUUUGGAGGAUCAAACGCACAUGCCGUCAUCGAAUCGCCCAUGUAUCUACUCGGCGCCGAUGCCAGAGAGCAACAACAUUACGUCUUGUCCCACCAGCAGGAAACAUCCUACUCACUGUCGGGUUCCAACGGGACGUUGGACAUGGAUGACGACGACGACAUGGACCUCAUGAUGAAGCAGCGUCCACAACUCCUCGUCGUAUCAGCCAACAACCAGGACUCGCUCCAGCGCAACAUCAACGUGCUUGAGAAGCACCUCCUCAACCCGGCCAUCGAGGUGCGGCUGAAAGACCUGGCCUACACUCUAUCUGAGCGGCGAACCCACCACUUCAACCGUGCGUUUACCGUGUCGCAGGCCACGGACGAGAUCGAGUGGAACGCAUUCUCAUUUGAUAAGACCCGCGCGGCCGGCCGCCGCAUCGCCAUGAUCUUCACCGGCCAAGGAGCUCAGUGGUCACAGAUGGGCAGGGACCUGCUGGAAACGUACCCGCUGGCCCGCCGCACCGUCGAUGCCCUGGAUGAUGUGCUCCAGGCGCUACCAGAACCAGUGCGCCCCGCCUGGAGGCUUGUAGAUGAGCUGACCAAACCGCGCAAGGCGGGUGUGAUACGCCAGCCUGAGUUUUCGCAGCCUCUUGUCACGGCUCUGCAGUUGGCUCUGUUGGCCGUCUUGGAGGACUGGGAUGUGAAACCGUCGGCUGCUGUUGGCCACUCGUCCGGGGAGAUUGCGGCUGCUGUUGCGGCAGGUUACAUGAGCUCGGCGGAUGCUAUCAAGACGGCGUAUUUCCGUGGCUACGGCUCCAAACAGAUGCUCGAGGCAAACGGAGAGGAACAAGCUGCGGGGCCUCUUGGCAUGCUAGCAGUUGGAGUGGGACCGGAAAUGGUACAGUCUUACCUCGACGCGGUCAACAGCAAAAGCUCGAAUAAAGGGGCUGAUGUCCAUAUUGCAUGUUACAACAGUCCUUCCAGCCUUACCAUAUCCGGUCCCGUGUCCUCUUUGACAGCGUUGGAAGCCAGGUUGAAAGAAGAUGGCCACUUCGCUCGUCUUCUCCAGGUCGACCUGGCCUACCACUCGCCGUAUAUGACAUCUGUAGCCUCUUAUUACAAGAAAACCCUCCAAGAAUUUUGCAAUUUCGGCCGGGAAGGCUCGCAAAAUGGACAACAGCAAGGCUCGGCGGUGUGGUUCUCGUCGGUGACUGGAAACCGCAUUGAUACUGGAUCGGCAGUGGAUGCAGAGUACUGGAAGAGCAACAUGGUGAUGCCAGUCCGGUUCCACCAGGCCUUGACAGGCAUGAUUCUUGACGGGUCCGAGGCUACUGAUGAGGCUGAUUUGAUGCUUAUCGAAAUUGGACCGAGCAACGCAUUGGCAGGUCCUGUUUCCCAAGUGAUUAAAGAUGCGGAUGGCGCCGGAAAUCAGGGGCUGGCCGCCAAGGUCAAAUAUACAUCAGCCUUGAAGCGAGGGGCCAACAGCGUGUAUCCUCUCCUAGCAGUCGCAGGCCAGUUGUUUGCUGUAGGUGUCCCUGUACCCCUCGCCAAGGUCAACGGGUAUGACUUUGCCAGUACAGACGAGAACGCGAGCAUUGUGAAAUUUGGCUCGGCAAGAACAACGGCUCCCCGGGUCGUAGUAGAUCUUCCCAACUACCAAUGGGAUCACUCCACUCGAUACUGGCACGAAGGACCCGCCAGUCGCGACUGGCGCCAUCGGCCUUUUGUCCCACACGACCUCCUCGGAUCCAAGGUGCUCGGAACACCCUGGAGCAAUCCGACGUUUUCCAAGGUCCUGCACCUUGAGGACGUGGCCUGGCUGCGGGAUCAUAAGCUUGGCGAGCAGGUCGUCAUGCCGGGCGCUGCAUAUGUUGCCAUGGCUGUCGAGGCCGUGUAUCAGACCGCCAGCAUGACUGAGUGGAAGAACAGCAAUCAGAGCAGCAACUCGCCCGAAGAGUUCCAACCCCCUGCCGAGCCACCAUCAAGUUAUCAGUUCCAGCUGCAAGACGUCAAGAUUCUUCGUGCCUUGGUUCUCGAUGUUGGAGAAGACUGCAGGCUAGUGACUAGUCUAUCGCGCGAGCGGACAAACAUUGCUGGGUGGUUCACGUUCCAGAUUUUCUCGUUGCCCAAUAUCAAAGACGCCAACAGCAAAAUCGAGCACUGCACCGGUCUGAUCCGUGUCAUCGACCUGGCCGCAGACGCAGCUUCAGGCACCUGGCGCCAACUACCAGCCGCAAGUGCCGAGCAGAUCAGCCCUCUCCACGCCGCCGAUCCAGCGGCUACAUGGUAUCGGGCCUUCCGCGACGUCGGGUACAACUUUGGUCCGCAUUUUCAGCGUCUUGUUCAGGUGGAAUGCACACCUGGAGUGCAAGAUACUCGGAACGUGUUGUCGAUGGAUCCGCCCGUCAUUACUACGCAGGGCAGCGACAAUAAGACAGAGAUGAAACCAAUGCAGCCGUGGUACGAGACACGGGGGACUCUACACCCCGUGGCCUUUGACUCUGUCACGCAAGCGCUCAUCCCGGCCCUGUGGAAGGGCGAUCCUGCGGCAUCCGCUGUCGUGACGGUGCCUCCGCUGAUAGAGAGCAUCACAAUGACUGUUCGUCCCAGAAAGCAACCAAGCGCGGAGAACAAUGCCGUGGUCCUAUCGAGCGUCCGUCCUACUGGUGUACGCAGGCCUGGUGUUCCCGAGGAUUGCGUUGGGUUGUGUGACGUCUACGACGCGGUGGAUGGCACGCAUAUGUUGCAGAUCAAGGGACUCCAUUGGAAUCGUGUCGAUGCGCAGGAGGACCUCACCAUGAGACAUGUGUACCACGGCCUGGUCUGGAAGCCCGACGUGUCGCUCCUCAGUGCUCGUGGUUUACAGGGCCUGAGACCGGAGUCGGAGUGGAAUGAUAAAAUACAGCUCCUCCUAGACUUGAUCUGUCACAAACUGCCAUACCCCAACGUGCUCGAAAUCAGCAGCAGCGAGCACGGAGGUGGCGCAGAUACCGACCAGACCCAGAACCCCAUUGUACCUCUCUACUGGCUCCCUGGUGGCGACGACGAUGAGGAGCGCAACCACAUGCGCGCUGACGUGUGUGCCUCGUACCACUUUGUCUCGGCGGAGCCGCAGACCUUGCUGGCGAUACAAGACCGCUACUCACUCUUGCCCAAUGCCAGCUUUAGUCUUGCUGAUAUUUCAAUGGCUGGAUCCGUGCUCCCCGGUGACAGCGAGUACGACUUGGCCAUCGUAAAUGUCAACAGAGAUCAUAUCGAGGCGAAGGUGGGAUUGGAAAGCAUGUUGAAAACUGUCCGCGAUGGAAUGCGUGAUAAGAGCACCAGAUAUGCGGUGGUGACGGCCACUUCUGCAAAUCAUCAGUCAGACAUUGAGCUGGUGCAAAAGAUAGCCAGGGAUGCCGGAUUCAAGGUCAUUUUGAAGUUGUCAGAUGGGGGCAAUGCGAUGCUUCUUCUCUCCACACACCCAGCACCCCUGGAAGCUCAGGCCGGUUUGACCAAUGGAGUUGACCCAAGCGCUGAAAGAUCACUCACAGUCUUUCACUUUGCGGAUGAAUUUCAACCCAAGUCUCGUGCCCUGCGGAAGAAGCUUGAGGCAACUGGCUGGAGCAUCUCUCUUGGCCAUGUUGGUAAUAUUGACCAGGUUCAAGCGGGCAGCAUUGUCUUGGUAUGCGAUGAAGUAUACGGAGCAAUCAUGUCUAGAAUCACCCAGGGCCAAUGGGAAGCUCUACAGAUACUUAUUUCUAAAGAAUGUCGGCUGCUGUGGCUCACUACCGGCGCCGUUGGCUUGAGCGGUGACGGACAGGAGCAAACCCUCAAGGAAAUGCAUCCAGAGCGAGCAGCUAUUAACGGACUCAUGCGUUCCGUCCGUCGAGAGGAGCCACAUCUGCGUCUGGUCAGCUUGGACCUGAGUCCCCAAUCCGUCGCAGAUGGUGUCGGUGAUGUAGACUCCAUCGAAAUGUGCCUGCAGCAGCUCCUGUCUCCGAGUGGCAGCAACAGCAGCAGCAGCAGCAACAACGAAAGCGUCGAAAGCGAAUUUGUGGAGCGCCAAGGUAUCCUGCACAUCAGUCGCAUCAUGCCAGACGCCACCCUCAACCGGGCCAAGCUUGAGCACUCCGACGUCUACAAGGGCGACUUGUUCAAGCCCAGAGACGACCCACCGGUCUGCGUGCAGCUCAGGGCAGAACGGCUGGGCAACAUCGACUCGCUAUGUUUCGCCGAGACGGCGCUGCCGGCAGAGCUCCCACCCAACCACGUCGAGGUCGAGGUGCACGCGUCAGGCCUCAACUACAAAGACGUCGCCGUGACCAUGGGCCUGGUCCCCGCCGACGAGUACCGCCUGGGAGAAGAGGCUGCGGGUGUCGUGGUGCGCGUCGCCUCGGACGUGACGACCUUGAAGCCCGGCCAGCGCGUCUUCGUCUUCAGUCGCGCGUCGCUGGCCAACCGCGUGCGCGCCAGCACGGAGCGUGUGCAUGCCAUCCCCGACGACAUGAGCUUCGAGGACGCCGCCACGCUGUGCGUAUACAUCACGGCCAUGUAUGCACUCUUCAACCUCGGCGGCCUGCGGAGAGGCAUGCGCGUCCUCAUCCACUCGGCGGCGGGGAGUAUGGGUAACGCGGCCAUCCAACUGUGCAGGAGCGUCGGUGAUGUGGAAAUCUUUGCGACGGUUGGCAGCGAUGCCAAGAAGAAGUUUCUGGUGGAAGAAAUGAACAUAUCACCAGAUCACGUCUUUUCGUCGCGGACGCCCGAGUUUGCACACGAGAUUCGCCGGCUGACGGACGGUGCAGGGGUCGACUUGGUGCUGAAUUCGUUGACGGGACCUCUGCUUGAGUCCUCGUGGCACCUAGUGGCUCCGAACGGAACGUUUGUCGAGAUUGGCAAAAAGGACAUGCUCGCCCGGCACGCGCUGCCCAUGGAACCCUUCACGCGCAACGUUUCGUACCGUGCCUUGGACACGUCGCCGCGCUUCUUCUCGGACUCCACCAUCAAGAUCAUCAUGGCGGAUCUGUUCCGUCUGCUGGAAAAGGGAGCCGUCAAGUCUAUUUUCCCCCGGCAGACUUUCUCCUAUUCUCGCGUAGCCGACGCUUUCCGCUUGUUGAGACAGGGCACUCACAUCGGCAAACUUGUGGUAUCGCGAAAUGGGCCAAUAGAUAGCGAUCAAACAGGAGGGCAAAAACAUGAGAUGGAAGGGACAAAAGAAGCUGGUACCGUAGUACCAAUCCGGCAACUCCCACACAUCCCAUCCCAACUUCGAUCAGAUGUGUGCCAUCUGAUCGUCGGGGGUCUCGCUGGGCUGGGCGGCAGCCUUGCUGUUUACCUCGCCAAGGAAAUGGGUGCGAGGAACAUUGCUACUCUCUCACGUUGCGCAAAUGUGCCUAACAAAAUAAUUCAAAGUCUGGCCUCCCUUGGCUGUCACCUGGAUGUGCUCCAGGCCGAUGUGACGUCGCUCGAGGAUGUCAAGGGGGCGUUUGCCAAGACUAAGAUGCCAAUCGGCGGUAUUGUGCAUGGUGCUAUGGUUCUCAGAGAUCGACCAUUUACAACCAUGACCAUGACCGAGUUCCACGAAGCUAGUGGCUGCAAGAUUGCCGGCGCACUGAAUCUACACCAAGCCGCGCUGGAUCUAAACCUGAACCUGGACUACUUCUCGCUACUAUCUAGCAUCUCGGGCAUCGUGGGCGGCAAAGGUCAGGCAAACUACGCGGCAGGCAACGCGGUGCUGGACGCGCUCGCGGCUCACCGUCGCGCCAUGGGCUUGCCGGCAUGUGCAGUCGACCUCGGAGCAGUCGAGGACAUUGGGUACAUUGCAAAUCAACAGCAGGCAUUGACUGCGCUGCAGUCUGGAAGGACCGACUUCUCAGGCCAGGAUUAUCUGUCCAAGGUCACGGCAGGCGGAACACUUACCCCGAUCAACGAGCGCCUGCUGCGGAAGAUUAUCCAGCUCUGUCUGCUACAGCAGGAAAACCAGCUCAAGUCCCAACUAGAACCCAGCAAAGCCCCAUCACCAGUGCCCUACCAAAUGAUCACGGGACUGACGGUCCCGCAGCCAGAACAAUCAGACCUGGCCACCGACGCCCGCUUCUCGGCGCUCUUCAACAUCCCCAGCUCCAAAGCCGGCGGGGGCGACGGUUCCAACGGGGGCGUUGGUCGCGGCGCAGGUUCCAGCGGCGCAAAACACACCUCGGACAGCAAGGACCUGCGCGAGCUGCAGCUCAUGCUGUGGUCGUCCAAGGCGGUGCAGCCGGCCGUGGUCAAGGCCGGGCUGGUGCGGGUGGUUGGAGCAUAUUUUGCCAAGACGCUGCGGCUAGAGGUCGAGCAGGUCGACGUCGAGAGGCCGCUGUCGGCCUUCGGGAUAGACUCCAUGGCUGCUGUGGAGAUUCGAAACUGGGUCAGGACGGAGUUGGGGGUUGUUUUGGCGACUUUUGAGAUUAUUAACGCGUCGAGCAUUAUUGGGUUUUGUGAUGUUGUCAUUGCCAAGUUGAACAAGACAUAA